AUGUACGCGCUUAGAUUGUCAAUCCUGUGGAUAUUCAUCGUGGGAAGCAUCGUGCAAUGUUCGGCUUCAAGUAUUUACAAUUUCGGUAGAGCGAACGUAAUCGUCGGAGGUGAUCCCUCGAAUCCUUGUUCUGCAACAAGAGAGUGUUUUAAUUGCACUCAUUCGAAACUGUGUUUGCCAGUCAAAAACAAAUUCCAACAGGUAGCUGUGAUAGAUUGCAGUUCUGACCCUUCAAGACCCUAUUGCGAUAGCGAUACCGGUCUUUGUACAAGCGUAGCACCGAACGGUUGCUCUUCGAGCGAAUUCAUCUGCCCUUUAAUCGAUGGCGUGUACCCAGAUCCCAGAAGUUGCACCAGAUAUCACAUUUGCGUGAACGGUUAUAGAACGACGAAUAUUUGUCCGCCUAACAAUGUCUACGACGCAUCCAUAAAAGAUUGCAAAUUAAUACGUUAUUCAAUCGACUGCGUUACAAUCAGUUGCACGGGUAAGGAGGGCAAAUUUUUCACCUAUCCAAAAGACGAUCGAAUCUAUGGAGCUUGCGUUGAUGGUAAAUCAUAUAUCAUUGGACGAUGCGAAGAUUACGAGAAAUUUGAUGUUAAUUCGGGACAAUGUAACAGAGUUUGCAGAGGACCAGAAAAUCAGCCUACAGAAGAUUGUCAAAAGUAUAUACGUUGUGCCGAAACAAGCAAAGGAAGAUAUGAGCCAGUUUUGCAAAACUGUGCCUGCAACCAAGGUUUCGAUAAAGUUACAAAAACCUGCUCAACUAAAGCAGAAUGUAUAGCUGGUAAACCAGAUCCUUGCAAACCAGAAACUACAGAAAAUGGAAAAAAUAAAAAUCCCGACAAUGGGGCAGCUGAUUUGAUCGUAAACAAUUCAGAAAAUCAGAACAGCAGUAGCAAUGUAUCUAAUGGUAAUGACGAUUCCAAUGGAAAUGUUGUGAAUGGCAAUGAUAACGGAAAUAAUUCCAAUUCUGGUAACGUUGCCAACACAGGAGAAGAAACAAAACCAGAAGUAAAUCCACUUAUUAUCAUAAAUUCAGGGCAUAGUCAAAAUUCGAAUAAUGUUUCUAACGGAGACAAUAGUGAAAAUGGAAAUAUAAUUGAUGGAAGUAACAAUGAUAAUCAUGCAA